AUGAAAUUUCCUCGUCCUACGUCCAUAACAGCCGCUGCGAUUCAUGGUUGGGUUCGGCGACCAACAUGCAAGAAUACCGUCUUCGUUCGGUGUAUGAGCCGUGCUUCAGAGGCACACGCCCUUUCUCUAACGCCAAAGAGUGCAGCCUACAACACGUUCAAGGAUGAUGUAUUACAGGAGGCGCACCCUACCUUUGAGGCAGUAGGGAUCAAACCGUCUAUCGCUUCUAUCCUACGGGCAGCGUUUCCCAAUGUCGACCAUCCAACCACUAUGCAGAAAAAGAUAAUUCCGGCGGUGCUAGGUCAGAAGGACAUUUUGAUUCAGGAUUACACUGGUACUGGGAAGUCCUUCGCGUUGCUAUUGGCACUUCUCAGCAAGCAACGCGUAAAAGUAAACGCGAAAAGCAAUGACGCUACUCCUAAAAAAUCGAUAACAACGCUAUUGAUCGUGCCUCACCGUGACCUUGCGUACCAGUUCUUACACUGGGCCCACCAGUUGGCCACGCCGACUGACGACGGCUCUGCGCCCUUCUCAUUGUCGUCCACUUUGAAAAUACUCGUGCGAGGCAGCUCUCCUGAAAACUUGCCUUCUGCUGUGCGGCAGUCUAUCGUCGGUCCGACAGAAGAUGGGGUGUCUGCGCUUCGUGAUGAUCCGCCUCAUAUUCUCAUAGGUACACCUCAAGCCAUCCAGGACAUGCUGGCAGUAAACCCCCAUGUAUUACAGCUGUCAUCGUUAUCUACCGUCGUCGUGGAUGAAGUUGACUCGCAGCUGGAAUGGGCGUCAAGUCACGCAAGCAAGGCUAACAAGGAAAAAGUCAAGAAGAAGGGAGACAAACAUCCCAAAGCUCUGAAACAAUUGCUGGAUAUGCUGUAUCCCCCGCACAGCAGGGACACGAAUCCGCUCGAAUCUGCUCGAACGCCGGCUUUUCGACCCCAACUUAUUGUGCUUAGUGCGACGCUGAGGAAUCGACUGCGGACUGCAUUUUUUGGAGAAUUUGGCUGGUUUAGAAGGGGGAAUGUGUUGAAAUUGGUCAAGUCUGGGUCCAAGUCGCGUGCCUCACAUGGGGCUAAUCGGUCUACGACUCAUCACGUCCUUGUUGUGUCGGACGAUGAUGGCAUCCGAAAUAUCCGUGGUGCCCGAACUGUAAAAACGGCAAAUAGCACAGUUCCUAUCGCGUCAGAAGCUCUUAAUGACAUGGAGGAGGGAGAUGAAGAUGAUGCCUAUUUUCUCUUGGACGAUGAUGAUAUGCUGGAAAGUGACGGAGACGAAAAAGCCUUGGGAGCUGUAUCUGUUAUAAACCCCGCUGUGCUUGAUGCUGUAGCAGCAACGUUCGCUCUAGACGUUCCCAGCAUUGCUCUCCUUGUUUUACCUCCAACAGCCUCUGUCCGUCGCACUGUCUUCGACUUGCGAGCUCUUGGUGUAAAUGCCCACGGAAUGGAUCUCACUGCAGACGAGGCCGGUCGCUUUCAUCUGCUGUCCAAAGAUGGUGCAUCUGUCGAAGAAAGCCCCACCCUGCUUGUGUCGACACUUUCGACAACGCGAGGGAUAGAUUUACCUGCAUUGACUCACGUCUUCUUGGUUGGAAUUCCUGACGGACGGAUGGCGGACUCGUAUCUCCAUGUUGCGGGACGCGUUAGCCGCUUUGGCCGCAAUGGGAAGGUUAUCACUGUCCUAGAGGAUCGGCAAGAGGUGAAGGAGAAGAAAAAGGUCCGAAUCCGAGAUGAGCCAAAGAAAAUGGCCUUGAUAUUGAGGCAGCUUGGCAUCAUUCCAGCCAAACUUGAACAUUUUGAUUAA